UGCCACGUCACAUCAGUAUCCUUGAAUCCGAGCUUUAUAUUCUCUCCAAAAGUUUCGUUUCAGUUCUCUGAAUUUAUUAUUAUGUUUUCUUUUUCUCUACGUUUCUGAUCGAUGAUUCAUUAUUUACAUUUGAUUAGCAAGUUUUGGUUCUGUAGUGUUGCGAAAGUAGUUGAGUGGUUUUCUCAAGCUUUGUUUCGAACGAUGGCGUUAACAAAAAUAGUGAAGUGGAAUGGCUUUCAAGGCGGCCAGGAAGAGGAGUUAGGUUCAGUGAAAAUCACUAGAGGAUUAGGGAGGAAAAGGGUUUUGCUUUCAAGCAGAGUACACGAAUCAACGACGCCGUUGAAGAGACAACGAAGCAGAACUAGUAAUGUCUCUUUGUCAUCUCGCCUUGAAACUCUGCCUCAAGAACUAUUGAUCCGAGUGAUUUGUGGGGUGGACCAUGAGGAUCUGAUGAGUUUAAGUACGGUAUCUAAAUCAAUUAGAGAAGCUAGUUUGGUAGCAAAAGAAUUGCAUUUUGCAUACACAACACCCAAGAAGUCUCGAGGUUAUCGAAACCAACUAGAUCCCGAGGAUUUUAGCAAUCACGUUGAAGACGUUGAGCCGCCUAACGCACCGGUUCACCAUCGUUGGACCACGGCUAAGAGGAAAGAGCAGCGCUCUAAUGUCUCUGUGGCAUUGUUUACUUGAAAAUGAUGAUGAUGAGUUUAUGUAGAUGGUUGGAUUCGAGUGGCUUUUAACUACUGUUAAAGUCUCUUUGACGGUUGGUUGAUAGCUUUUUUUUUUUAAGAUUAGUAUGCAUUUCGAUUCAGAAGCUUUUUAGGGUUCUACAAUUGGGAUUUGUAGAUAAAUUUUAUUUUUCUGCAUACCUUGGGAACUGAAAUGGUUUUUUAAUGUAUUUCAGACUUUUGGGGUUUUAGUCAGAGUAUCCAAGGUUCUGUUUUUGUUUUUGUCUUAGGGUGCAAUAAAGAUAAAUCAGUCUAGUAUAUCUAAUGAAUUGUCUGUCAUAAAUUUUUAAAUAUUGUAUUACUUUUCCUAAACUAAUAUCAUCUACCUAUUGUAAUUUGUUCAUGCUUUCUGUAACUCAGCAAUCCUCUUCUAUAUACAAAACUCUGACCAUACU